UGAUCGCAUCGCAUUUCCGCUCCUGAAAAACUACAACAGCGUCCCGGAAGUAGUCACAGCUAUAACCUGUAGUGACGUCUGUUUGUGUAAGACAAAAACAGUGGGCCCACAUUAAGGUCUGCUGUAUUUUUGGAAGCGUGCAGCAUUAUUUCCAAGACUGGCACACUCAGGUCGAUUGUGCCUCUAGGAGAACUCGAGCGUGCUGGUUGAAAGAACGCAAGUUACGGCCGUAUUUUGGUGAAACGGAGAGGAAAAAAGAGCUCAACAUCUACGGAUGGACCGAGGGAGUCGGGAACAAAACAAACCGUGUCACCCUGCGUGACAACGCUCGACUGGCUGAAUCAUUCUCACUCCAGCCGACCACUUCACUUUCGCCGUGGGGCAUUUAAUUCUACUGGACGCCGUGGUGCAUCACACUCACGCUUAAUACAUUUUAUACACAGCUGAGUAAUUUUGAGGGUUUUACGUCACAAGCUUGUCAGGCUAACUUAGCUUGUAGUUAGCCUGACUUGGGACUUCUCGAGCCUGCUAGCUUGCAGAAUGUAGCCACGCUUAGGAAGGUCUUCGCCGGUAUCGCGAGGUGACAUUGUAGCGCCCAGCUUUGCUUCUUCACUGUGGAGAAUGUAAAGCACAACCAUGGCCGCCUUGGAAGCCUACCGGGAGUACCAGAGGAUUGAGGAUCUGGAGGACUCUCCACCAGGGGAGGAGGACUUGCUGCUCCAUGUGCCCGAAGGCCUGAAAGAUUCAUGGCACCACGUCAAGAACUUGGAUAACUUCUUCACUAGAAUCUAUCAUUUUCAUCAAAAGAAUGGCUUCGCCUGUAUGAUGCUUUCAGAGUUCUUUGAACUUGUUCAGUUUCUGUUCGUCGUCACAUUUACGACGUUCUUGGUCAACUGCGUGGAGUACGACGUCCUGUUUGCCAACCGAGCCGUCAACCACACGGGGCCUGGCCACAACCCGUUGGACAGGAGCAAGGUCACCAUCACUGACGCCCUCUUGCCCAGCCAGCAGUGCACUCAGAGUAUCCAAGAAAACAGCUGGAUCAUAUUCCUUCUCAUCAUGGCGGCCAUCUUCUGGAUCUAUCGACUCGUCAAGGUUAUUUGCAACGUUCUGAGCUACUGGGAGAUCCGGCAGUUCUACAUUAAGGCGCUGAAGAUCAGAAUGGAUGAACUGUGCAACUUCACAUGGCAGGAAGUACAGGACCGUCUCAUCAGCCUGCAGCGAGAGCAGCAAAUGUGCAUCCACAAGAAAGAGCUGACAGAACUGGACAUCUAUCACCGCAUCCUGCGCUUCAAGAACUACAUGGUGGCCAUGAUCAACAAAUCCCUGCUCCCCGUGCAGCUGCAGCUCCCCCUACUGGGCGAUGUGGUCUUCCUCACGCAGGGCUUGAAAUACAACUUUGAGCUCAUCCUCUUCUGGGGCCCCGGCUCGCUGUUCCAGAACAAGUGGAACCUGCACCCCAAGUACAAGCGCAGCGGCAACCGGCUGGAGCUGGCGCAGCAGCUCAGCAGGGUCAUCCUGCUUAUAGGCGUGGCCAAUCUGCUGCUUUGUCCCUUUAUUCUGGUGUGGCAGGUGCUCUACGCGUUUUUCAGCUACACGGAAGUCAUCCGCCGCGAGCCCGGGAGUCUCGGGGCGCGCCGCUGGUCCCUCUAUGGCCGACUGUACCUGCGGCACUUCAACGAGCUGAACCACGAGCUGCACGGACGCUUGGGCCGAGGCUACAAACCCACGUCCAAAUACAUGAACUCCUUCACGUCGCCGCUGCUUACCGUGCUGGCGAAAAACGUCGCCUUUUUCUCAGGCUCGGUUUUGGCCGUACUCAUCGCACUGACUGUCUACGACGAAGACGUCCUGACGGUGCAGCACAUUCUGACCGUGAUCACUGUGCUCGGUGUUGUUAUCACCAUCACCAGGUCCUUCAUCCCUGACGAGCAUAUGGUCUGGUGCCCGGAACAGCUGCUGCAGUGCAUGCUGGCCCACAUCCACUACAUGCCGGACCACUGGAAGGCCAACGCAAACAAGAGCGAAACCCGCGAUGAGGUGGCACAGCUCUUCCAGUACAAAGCGGUGUUCAUCCUGGAGGAGCUGCUCAGUCCCAUCAUUACACCCUUCAUUCUCAUCUUCCUGCUGAGGAACAAGUCUCUGGAGAUUAUAGACUUCUUCAGGAACUUCACGGUGGAGGUGGUCGGCGUGGGAGACAUCUGCUCCUUUGCACAAAUGGACAUCAGGCGCCACGGGAACCCAACCUGGCUGUCGGAGGGUCAGACAGAGGCGUCCGUGUACCAGCAGGCCGAGAACGGAAAGACAGAAUUGUCGCUCAUGCACUUCACCAUUAAGAACCCGCACUGGCAGCCGCCGCUCGAGAGCUCCGUAUUCAUCAGCCACCUGAAGGAGAAGGUGCAGCACGACGCACAAGGCGGUCCGUCCGCGCAGCUCCUGCUGUCUGAGGCUCCUCUCUGCACAUCGCUGCAGUCCAACGAAUCUGCUACCGGGCCUGAAAGUCUGCUGGCCAGCGUCCUGGCGCACCCUGUUCUCACGGCAUCCGGAUUACAAGGCAGAGAUCACCGCUUUAUCCCGGCCAGCACAGCAGCGUCAGCCGCCGCCAGCAUCCUGGCCUCUUUGUCCACCUCACAGUUGCCGCAGACCGGCCGGGGCCGCUCGCAGCGCCACCAAGCUUCCGCGAUACAUCCGGAGAGCACCGUUUAUCGCAGCGAUUGCACCGUCAUUGACAGGAGUAUGUCAUUCAGUGACAGCCGUUUACGAAGCAAUACGCUGCACUCCGAGUUUGCCUCAGCAGAGAUGAGCCUUCACGCCAUCUACAUGCACGAGCUCCACCAACAGACGUCGCACCCGCAAAGAGGCUCGGGCCAUUGGCAUAGCUCAGUGCCAAUGACGGAGCUACACGGCAGCGCUGGUUCUACGCCGUCUUUAGUCACACCGGUGCACCUUGGUGGGUGGCAAGAAGAAGAAGAGGACGAGUACGAGGGUGAAGAGGAGAUAAACAGUGGGUCUACUCUGAAACAGGACUCCAGAACUUGUUGAAGUGCCUUAUGUCAUAAGUGUUUACAUUUUACUUUUCUCCAAUGACACCUGUGGCCUUAGAAGAUCUUCAGCACGGACCUUUAAAUCUAUUCUUUUGUCCCGAGAGCCGUCUCAUGAAGAAACCACUAUCCUCUUCUUCUUUUGCACAGACAUCAGGGAAGCAUACACCUUUUUUAAUUUUGUGCAGAUGACCUGUGUGUGUGUGCUCGUUAGUUUGCGUGCGGCCGAGUAAGAUCGCGUAUUCAAAAGACCACUGUUGGAAAAAUGCCAAAGUUUAUGUAUGCACAAUUCAAGUGUUUUAAUGCAUAUCGCAAGUAUCUAGUGUAGACUUUGACUGCAUUGUUGUUGCUCGGGAGUAUCAUAGCAAUUAGAUCCAUGUAAAUACUAGAUGAGUACAUUGUUACUAUCACACCUAAGAGACAUGCAUAUAAAGAGGAUAGUACGCAUACUACCACUAUGUUGUAGUAUGUGGAUGAAGUACUUGAUCAAUGACGUCGCAUGGAGCAUUUUAGUCAAUGUCUGCUUCCCAUACUCACAGAUUUUGUUCAGUAUUAUUUCUUCUUUAGCAAGACGUUUUUUUUUUUUUAAGGAAUGUUAGGAUGGACUAAAUGGGCCCAAAAGCCAUUACAGGACUUGAAGGUUUUACAUCCUCUUUUGCACCUGUGUCAGAUGUCCCAGAAACACUACUGUGGUCACUUCUUGGUUUUAUUCCAGAAAGGUUGCCCAUCAAGCAAUGAUAUACAUCCAUGUUCCGUAGUCCACACGAGGGUCGCGGGUGAGUUGGUGCUUAACCCUGCUGACUUUUGGCCAGGACUGGUUGUGAGCCAACCCCGGAGCACUUAUAGAGCAUUCACGCUCGCACUCACAGACCUACGGACAAUUGGAAGUCUUCAAUAAACCUAAGAUGCAUGUUUUUGGAAUGUGGGAGGAAGCUGUAGAAUCAGAAGAAACCCACACAAGCACAGGGAGGACACGCAACCUCCACACAGGAAGGCUCGGAUUAGUUACACUAAACUUCAGACCAAUGAGGCAGGUGUUAUCAAUCUUGGCGGGCUUAACCACUAAGGUACCGUGUUGGUAAUUUAUCAGGAGGAAAAUAUUUUUCAUAACACUUCUUCUUUUACAUAUCUUGCUUGUACUCAUUUCUCUUAAUAUGGAUGCAAACGUGGGGGAAGAUUUCUGAGAAUUUUCUGGUGGGAUGUUUGUCUUUUUUCAAUUCUUCUUGUUUUGUUUUGUUCAACUUUGAUGGUGUUUUUUGUUGUUUUUUUUCUGGUGGGGGGGGGGAUUUUAUCCUUAGUAUUUCAAUUGCAUUCUUUCAAUGAACCACAGAAAACAUGCAUGUUAAAUAGAAUAGAUAUAUUCCCUGUAAACAUAAUUCCCCACGCCCCCCCAAAAAAUGUUAGUCCAACAGAAAAUUCCCCUAAACUUUGUCAUCCUUGGUUUUUAUAACCACAGUUUUUCCCCUGGUGACUGUUUUAUGAAAAGAAGGCACCCGGCCUCAUUUGCUAGCUUUAGUAUUUAUUACCUUUUCCCCUCUGAUAUAUAACAACAAUUUUUAAAUUUUCUGUCCAAUCGCAUAACUGUAUGACGAAUAUCUUAACAGACCCUCAAAUUACGAGUAGCUAAAAAGAAACGACUUAAUGCCAUUGCGUUUAGAAUAGUUCAUCCUUACAGAUGAUAUAAACACACACAGGACCGGCUUUUUUAGACUACACACUAUACUGCAUUAUGGCUUCGAUUUUGUUUUUAACACCCACAAGAUUAGCAACUCUCAUCAAUAAUGCUAAACAUGUAGGCCUCUUCAUUUAUGUCUGAAAGAACAAAUACGUCAUAUAAUAUAAUAAUAUAAUCUCAGUAUUUUGCACUGAUUAGAGAGAGAGAGAGUUUGAGGUGUACAUAUGUUUAUGUACAGCACAUGCAACAGCUCAGAAAUUGACCUGAGCCACCACCUCUAAAUGUUUGUAUAUAGCAACUCAUUUUGUACCGGCCAAUGUAUUUUUUUUUUUUUUUUUUUGCGCUGCGUGUGUGUUGGUCUUGCAAAUUUAUAUUGUAAAGACACUGGAGUUCAAAGUUGCUUUUUUUUUUUUUUUUAAUUAUUUGCAGUCACACCUCACUGCUGGUGUUUUAUUUGAAGCAGUGCCUUAGCAUUAAGGACUCGUACUUUAUCUCAAGUCGUACAAGUUUUACAUCAUCAUGAACAGUACAUAAUUCUCCGGUAGUGUGCUCUAUGUAAGUCACUGUGUGUAAUAUGAAGGUGAAUUGCCUUAUUUGCUCUUAAAUAGUGGCCCCAAUUAAGACUUUUGCUUCCUUCAUAUAAAGGGCACGCCCAUCAACUUAGUUGGUCAACGCGGAGUGCACUUAAAGGGGAAAUCCAGUGUUUGCAUUAACAAUGUAUCCAAUAGGUCAUGUAAUAUGUACCCUAGCUUGACAAUGUGAUGUUAAAUCCUCUCACAUUUAAUAGUGUUUUCAGAAGAUUUUUAUUAACAAUUCCGAAUUUUCAGGGGCGCUGCCAUUUUCGCGAGUCAAAUGACCUACGUGGACGUAUGUGACGCGUUACGUAUCGUUCCAAACGCUGGAUUACAUGGGACACCGUUUAUGCCCAGAGCUGAUUUCUCUUAUUUAUCCUCAUCCGAUGGAGAAAUAGCAUUAACGGUUCAUCGGGAAGACAGAGGAAUAUUUCCAGACUGAGGGGCGAAGCCGUGAGCUCGAUCCCCGCCGACCCAGGAGCUCGUCAGACUCCGGAUCGUUUUGCCCGAAGAGCCAUCCGAAUAUUCAACAUUAUUUACAGCCACAGGUUCAAAUCUGUAUGGAAGUAUUCCACCGUCUUCCCGAUCAAUCGAUACUGCAAUUUCUUCAUCAGAUGAGGAUAAAUGCGAGAAAUCAGCACUGGGCAUAAUGGUGUCCCAUGCAAUCAAGCGUUUGGAAUGGAACAUAACGCGUCACAUAGGUCAUGUGACUCGCAAAAAUGGCAGCGCCCCUGAAAAUUUGUAAAAAUCUUCUCAAAACACUAUUUAAUGAGAGAGGAUUUAACAUCACAUUGUCAAAAUAGGGUACAUGUUACAUGACCUUUUGGAUACAUUGUUAAGGCAAACCACUGCAUUUCCCUGUCAGAAAAAUACCUGUAAAUGCCUCCUUUAAUUUGAAGCCAUGCCCCAAUUAGUCAGCCGUUGCGUCAUCUGCUCAAGAAA